GGAAGAUCAGCAACUUUGCAACAACUUUAGCAUUUAGCUAAAUUAUAGCAAAGAAACCAAGCAAAGGGGAAACUCUGGGACACUGCUACCUCAAACAUGAUGCACCAGUGGGGAUACGAAGAUCACAAUGGCCCAGAAGUGUGGCACGACCUGUUCCCUCUUGCCAAUGGCGAUCGCCAGUCUCCAAUCAAUAUCAUAACAAGAGAUGCUAUCUAUGACCCCUCACUGCAGCCUCUCCAGGUUAAUUAUGACCAUGACUCUGCAAAAGUUGUCAUUAACACUGGCCAUACAUUCACCAUGGAGUUUGAUGAUGGGGACGAUACCUCAGUGCUCAGGGGUGGCCCCUUCAUUGGAAGCUACAGACUACGUCAGUUCCAUUUUCACUGGGGGUCCAGCGAUGGCCAUGGCUCUGAACACAAGGUGGAUGGCAUGGACUAUGCAGCUGAGCUGCAUAUUGUACAUUGGAAUUCAGAAAAGUUUUCCAGUUUUGUUGAGGCAGCUUGUGCGCCAGAUGGACUCGCUGUACUGGGGGUGUUCCUAAAGGUUGGUGAGCCGAACAGAUACAUUGAGAGAAUAACAGAUACUUUUGGUGCUAUCAGAUCUAAGGGCAAACAGUCUCCAUUUACAAACUUUGAUCCAUCAUGCCUGCUCCCUGCCAGCAUGGAUUUCUGGACCUACCCAGGAUCCCUAACUGUUCCACCGCUUCUAGAAAGUGUCACAUGGGUUGUUUUAAAGGAACCAAUAUCUAUUAGCCAUGAACAGCUGGCCAGGUUCCGCAGCCUCUUGUUCACCAAAGACACAGCAGAGAUAGAAGCGUGCUGCAUGAAAAGCAACCACCGCCCAGUUCAGCCACUCAAGAACCGGAAAGUCAGAGCAUCUUUCCUUUAGAUCAAUGCUCUCCCAAUUUAUUGCAUGUAGAGGUCCAAUUAUUUCUUAUACAUCGUUUUCCAGGGCCAAAUUAAAUUAGAAUGAUGAUGUCAUGCAAUGAAGUCUAUGAAAACUGAGGGCCAUAAAAACCCUUUGAAGGGCCAUAUUUGGCCAGUGGGACUCAAAUUGGACAGCCCUGCUUUAGAACACUUCCAGUGCUCUGCUAAAACCUUUAUCAAGCUUUUGUUUAUUGUAAGUGUCUUUGUAUAUGAUUGAUAUUCCUUUGAAUGACUGGAUUGCCUAUUUAAGCCACUGCCAUUAUUGCAGAAACAGGAGCCAGUACAUCAUACAAUGACAUUUCUGUUAAUUCAGUGCUUCCUAUAUUGUUGCAACAGUUUCAGGAAGGAUCUUUCAUGUUUCAGCACAAUAUUCCCCCAUACACAAAGUAAGGUGUGUGACGAAUGGUUUUGCUGAGAUGGGAGAAGAACUUGGCUGGCCUAACCUCACCAUAUGGAACAACUUUUGGCUGAGCUGUAAUACCGAUACAAGUCAGGCCUGAUCAGCUAGCAUCAGUGUGAAUGGAAACAAAUCCCGCCAUAUUCCAAAAUCUAGUAGAAACCCUUCCCAGAGAAGUAGAAAAUAAAAGCUGUUUUAGCAACAGAGAGACUACCAAUUUGAUAUUAAUAUCCUUGGUAUUAAAAUGAAUUGUUGGAUAGACAAGUGCCCACAUCUAUUUGGCCACAUAGUUUAGAUGUAAUUAAGUUAAAAAAGUUACAUUCAGUAUUACUUAAAAUAAUAGGGUGUUACCCACUAAUCUUAUGGCUAGAUACCUAAUCGGUGCUCUAUGACGACAGACCACAGGCCACUUAUGUGAUAAAUUGAAUGUGUUGCCUUGCUUUAAACUAGAGGGUCUGAUUUUUUUCAUCAUUUUUUUUUUUUUAAAAUACUGUUUCCUGGUUGAAGAAACAGGAUGCAAAGACUUUACGCUCAGAAACUAAACAAAAAUAGGUAAAAAAUAUUUUCAUAUGAAUGCUAAUAUAAAAUUCAGACUGUUGAUUGUAUGUGGCAGCCCAAUGUGAUCUUCUGGGAUUUUUCACCUGGAACAAUAUACUGUACAUCCACGUGAGCCCAGAACUGAUUGGGGAGGCUAUUGAUUUGGUCCAAUGCAUUCAAUUAUUUACUGCUAAUUUGGUCAACAGAGGUGGUAAUCUUCCUUCAUCUUGUAGUUUAAAGAAAUGAGGGUGUACAUGUGGCCUUCUUUAGAUUAGCUGUCAUAGGGAAUACCCUAUUUUCCAUUUAAUAUUUCCUAUAUGGUAUUGUGUAUUGAGUUAUUUUCUUUGUUGGUUAAUGUCACAUUGCAUUGUCUGAGAGGUAAGGUAUCUCCACAAGGUUCUAAGUGCCAGAAGCAUAGUCAUCUUGGUCAGGAUUUUUUAGGAUUGUAUCCUUUUUGAUAAUUGUAUAUUACAUGUAUUCUAAUGUAUCGCCUCUGUUUUAUUUUUUUUUACUGAUACAGAUAUGGUUAAAUAAACAUGGUUUUUAAUAAA